AUGGAUGCAGGUCGCCCAAUGCGCGCCCGCGCUUCAAUCAGCUAUGCUGAACCUACCGAACUCGACGACGACAUUGCCGACGAUGAAUCGCUUGACGAAUCUGCCAUCACUGUCGUCUCAGAAGAUCCUACCACCGACACUGAAGACGCCACUUCCGUUGUCUCCGAUUCUGACUCUGGCUCCGACCUAGAGUUCACUACAGACAAGAGAAAGCUCAAAGCCCAGAUCAAGGCCCAGCAGAAGAAGAAGCAGGUUAAGAAGACCAAGAAGGCCAAGAAGAUCAAAGAAGUCCCCUUCCGCUUCAUGGACCUCCCACCCGAAAUCCGCGUCAUGAUCUAUAAGGCCUGUCUGGUCGAAUCAGCCAAAGAUCUCAGCUAUAUCAGCAAAUCCAAUGGCCGCGACAUUGUCCGUGGCUCCAUGAAGAGAUCAACCAACAGCUGGGGCGGCUGGCGCUAUAGGAUCGAACGCGACAGAUAUGAGCGCACCCCUCUUCUACCUGUCAUCCUGCGUAUCAACAAAGCUAUCAGAGACGAGGCUAUCGGUUAUCUAUACGCUCAGCCAAUCCACUUCGCCACGACCCACACCUUCCAACUCUUCUUUGGCCGCUUGAGCCCAGCCAACCGCAUGUUGCUCAGAAACAUCACUAUUGAUGGUUGGACCGACACCAAGCACGCCCGCGUCAAGGACGUUCAGAUCAUAUUCUCGUUGCUCAUCUCAGCUACCAACGUCAGAUCUAUCAAUAUCACCUGUCGUGCCUAUCACUCCAAUGAUGGUCCAAGCUAUUAUCGUAGAAGUUCUGGCUUCACCGCCGACGGCUACAGCUUCUGGCGUGACAUCGAGUAUUGGGCCGAUGCUAUGGAUGCCGCUCAUGGAAGGGGUGCUGCUAAGGCUGCCUUAACCUUCACCAAGCUGUGCUUUGGCUCUCCUAGAGAGCUUGAAAACGAGGAAGAGGUUGUCGAGAAGCGCGAAAAGGAAUUCUGGGCUCAACUCAAGUUCGCCGAGAAGGCAGAGUAG